AUGGAGUACGAUACACCGACGAUGAAAGCCUCUUCAAAUGCUGCUGGAACCAACUCUGAUGUUGCCUCUACGAGAGGUCAUCUCCGGGCCGGGUCUAAACCUGCAGAUGUACCGAUACUCAAAGAGCCGGUAACAUUUGCAUUUUCUGGCCGAACGGCGAAGAAUAGGCUUCUCAAAGCUCCGAUGACGGAAAGGCUGUGUCACUGGAAUAAAGAGGGCGAAGAUAUUUCCGCUCGGGGAGUCCCGAGUCCCGAAUAUCUCCAUUUGUAUCGGAUAUGGGGAGAGGGCGACAUUGGUAUCAUCGUGAGUGGCAAUAUCAUGGUCCGUUACGAUGCGGUGGAGGCUUAUGGUAAUCCUAUUAUCGUGGAUGAUCAUGACGGCCGCAUAGCCAAGUUCAGGGAGGUCACUCAAGCUGCAAAGGCACACGGAUCGCUUGUCAUCGCACAGCUCUCACAUCCCGGAAGACAAGGUGGGAAAUAUCUGAAUCCGAAUCCAAUCAGUGCAAGCGAUGUGCACCUGACCAUUAAGUGGGCGGGCAAUGAAUUCAACAAGCCCAGACCCAUGACCAUUCCAGAGAUUAAGGAGAUGGUUCGUUCAUGGGGAGAAAGCGCGUAUUUAUGCUCCAAGGCUGGAUUUGAUGGCGUUCAAGGUAAGACAGCAAAGAUUUGGGUGGCAUUGAUCUUCAUUUUCAACCGAAUAAUCAUGCAAACAGUCCAUUGUGCCCACGGCUAUCUCCUGGCCCAAUUUCUGAGCCCGACCACCAACAGGCGCACCGAUGAGUAUGGCGGUGACUUGAACAACCGCUCUCGAAUCGUCUUUGAGAUCAUUGAGGAAAUCCACCGUCGCGUUUCUGAUCCGUCAUUCAUUGUUUGCGUCAAACUCAACUCUGUUGAAUUCCAAGAUAAAGGGACCACUCCGGAAAAUGCUCGAGAUUUGUGCGUCAAGCUCGAAGAGGCAAGAGUCGACUUUGUGGAUCUGUCAGGCGGCACAUUCGAGGGCCGAGCCUUUGAGCACAAGAAGCAGAGCACGAUUGCGCGAGAGGCAUAUUUCAUCGAAUUCGCGGAGAUGAUUCGACCCCUGCUGAAAAAGACAAAAGUCUAUGUCACAGGGGGGUUGCGCACGGCCGGCGGAAUGGUGAAAGCCAUUGAAUGUGGGGCCUGCGAUGGAAUUGGAAUUGGGAGACCAUUGGCUGCCGAGCCGUAUCUUGUCAAGGAACUGUUAAAUGAGAAAAUCACAGGCGCCAUUGACAAUUUUGUCCCGCUGCCUCUCAAUACCCAGGCCAGUGGGACACAAUUGCAUCAGAUCGGGAAGGGAGAUAGCCUGAUCAGUGACUGGAGUGUGGAGAGUGAGGUCAAGAGGUGGAUUGAAGCGCAUGAAAAGGAAACAGAAAGGAAAAUGAGUAUCUUGCCCAAGGUGGAUAGUUCGGGGUAUGCGCCGCUCAAGGCUGAGUCUGGGUUUGCCUAUUUGCAGUCCUGA